AUGGCUCGCUUGGAACAACAAGAUGUGGACCACUUGACUACCAGCACUCCCGUUGAUGCACAUCCAGAUGAGUCUCGCGCCACCAAGAACACUCGCAAGAGGAAAGCCACCACGGAAGGCGAGCGAACCGCUCGCAAGAAGCGCAAAGGACGACUCAGUGUACUUCCCACCUUGCCCCUCGACAUACUCUAUGAAAUCUUUGCCCACCUCAGCCCUGGCGAUUUGCUGCACCUCGCGCGCACAACGAAGUCUUUCCGCAACAUUCUUAUGACGCGCAAAGCUGCAUUCAUCUGGAGGGAAGUACUUGAUGCGUCUGUCGAAAACGGAGAUCCUCCGCGACCCGCAGACGUGUCCGAGCCUCAGUGGGCUGCGCUUGUCUAUGGUAGACCUUGGUGCACGGCAUGUGGCGCGAGAACAUCAGGCUCUACUAAUUGGACGCUCCGCGUGCGUCUUUGCACGAGUUGCGUCACAGAACAGUUUCGUGUCGUCAGUAUGUGGAUGUAUACAGUCCCUCACAAGGACCCGGACACACGCCUGCACGAAGUUUUGCCGGCUGAUUGUGUCAACUACCCUUCCUAUACCCGGAAGUCAACCCGCCCUGAACUGGUCGUCACAGUCAAAGAUCUUGAGUCCUAUAAGGACGCGCUCGCGAGCCUGCGAGAGCAGUAUCCCGACAAUGCCGUAUUUGAGGCACAGCGAAAGAUACUCGACGAUGCCAUGAAAUCCGCGCUUCUAAAGAGGAUAGAGCACGCUUCGCAAUGCGGCCACAUCGAUAGCACAAAGGCGGAAUCUCGUGGGAACGAGCUCAAUGACAUCCGCAAGAAUCGUCACACUGAAAUCAAAGCGCGCCUGUUAGCUCUCGGAUAUCUUGAUGUCGACGUCGGGCAUGGCGAUCUGGGGAGGCACAAGGAUGUGUGGGUUCCGCGCCCACUCACAGAACGAGUCUGGGAAAAGAUCGAGCCGUCCGUCAGGCAAUGCGUCGAAGGUAUCCACCGGCGUCGCAUUCACGAAGAGGUCUGCCAGCGCCGGCGCGGGCGCGAGAGUCUUGUCGGCCAGGCGUACUUGGACUUCCUACGAACCAUCGCCGACGGUACUCAGUCCUUCAUGCCAUCUCUGGCAAACCUGGUCAAGCUCCCGCUGGUCUCCAACGUUAUCGGCGAGGACUUGGAUCCCUCCGAUGACAUGCUUGCUUCUAUCGAGCCUGCUCUUCAAUCGUCUCGGCCGGAGAUAAUCAAGUGGAUGCAGCGUCGAGCUCAGCAACUCCGAGAACUCGUUCCGGACGAUUGGCCGCAUGUGGCACCGUACAUCGCGGAGUCCGAUAUAGAGUUCUCAACGUUCCAGCCUGAGGAAGCCUUCAAGGACCUCGAUCUCGUCGCUUACACUUGGCACUACCCCCUUGGCCUCGGCACAAGCAUCUCCACUCAUGUCAUCUACGGAUUAGAUGCCAUAGCCCAGCAGAACGAGAAGAAACAUGACGUUCUCAGCGUCAAGCCCGCAAAGCGAGCUCAUCUGGUGAUGAGGCAGAUACUCAGUCUACUAGGCCUGGAUCCUGCCCAGACCACAGUACCCCAGAUGCACCAGCUGGCAGACUCUGAGCUCUUCAUCUGCGAAGGCUGUGUCGGCGCUGGUGUCUUCCUGGAUCGCGACAAGAUCAACACCUACACCCCCAAGCCUGCUGGGCACCUCGACGAUAUCAACUCCGUGUUAGCAUACAAGAGUCGGGCGAGACACCCGGCAAGUAUUUGA